UAAUCAAAUUAUUUUUCUCAUGGAAUUAAAAAAGCAAUGUAAAUUUACCACUCUUCCCCCUUAAUUUUAGUUUCUUGCAGUAGCUUUUCAUUUGAGGAUAAUAACCGCUUACGGCCACAGUGGGGCAGUGUUGAAAAAGUAAAUAUGAAAACCUGAUGGCAACACCGUAACCCGGAAGUAAACAUCGGGGUGACACAUUCUAACAUGGCUGCCUCCGUUGUGAGACAUGCCAAACCAUUAAGUGGCGUAAUUUCCUAAUUAAAUGUAGUAUUUUGUUGAUAUUUAUUUGCAUUUGACAUUUAUAUUACCGCUAAUGUCGACGUCGCUGGUUACAACUUCCGUCCGCAAGGUCAGACCACGGUUUUCCUGGUUCAGGACGCUGUCCACCAAUCAGCCCGAGAAUGGCUCACCUUCCCCGGCCGAGACCCCCGCCGAGCCGAGACCCUGGAAGGACCCCGGCGGCCGCUCCGUGCUCCUCUUCCCCGGGCAGGGCAGCCAGUUUGUGGGAAUGGGUCACGGGCUUUUGCGGUACCCUAACGUCGGAGAGAUGUUCGAGGCGGCCCGGAAGAUCCUCGGCUACGACCUGCUGUCAUUGUGCCUGAACGGCCCCGAGGAGGAUCUCGUGAGGACGGUUCACUGCCAACCGGCGGUGUUUGUCACUUCCCUGGCGGCCGUGGAGAAGCUCAACCACCAAAACCCCAAAGCCAUCGAGACGUGCGUCGCCGCCGCCGGCUUCAGCGUGGGCGAGUUCGCCGCGCUCGUCUUUGCCGGCGCCAUGAGCUUCGCCGAAGGUAAACGCGCCCUCGGCGUGGGGCGUCCGACUCUUCCUGACUCUUUUUCUUUAGCUUUGUAUGCGGUGAAGGUGCGCGCCGAGGCCAUGCAGCGGGCGUCGGAGCUGGCGCCGGGCGGGAUGCUGUCGGUGGUGGGCAAAGCUCAGGCCCAGUACAAACACGCCUGCCUGCUGGCCAGAGAGCACUGCCGCGCUUCGGGCGUGGACGAGCCCGUGUGCGCCGUGGCCACGUACCUGUUCCCCGACGGCAGGGUGAUCGCGGGGCAUCGCCAGGCGCUGGACUUCCUGCGGCAUAAUGCCUCGCGCUUCCACUUCCUCAGGACCAAAAUGCUGCCCGUCGGCGGGGCCUUCCACACGGAGCUCAUGAGCGGCGCCGUCGAGCCCCUCAGAGAGGUUCUCCGGAAACUGGAGGUGCGUCGUCCCGAGAUCAGCGUGUACUCCAACGUGGACGGCAAGCGUUACAUGAGCGAGGGCCACGUGCGGCGCCAGCUGACGCGGCAGCUGACGGCGCCCGUCAAGUGGGAGCAGACGCUGCACGAGAUAUUCGAGCGGGCGCGCGGCGAGCGCUUCCCCUGCACCUACGAGGUCGGGCCCAGCCGGCAUCUGGGCGCCACGCUGCAACGAUGCAACCGCAAGGCCUUCGACGGCUACGUGCACGUCCACCCCACCGCGGACGACGAACCGUGAUGCUGAAGGUCCUGCCUGGGGGGUUGACGGCGUGGCGGCGACGGCGUUGACGGCGCGUCUCGGCUCUCGUGUUUGCUCCACCAUGUUGUUCGCUGCAAAGAGACCAAAGAUGCAAAGUACAGUCUCGCGUGUGUGCGCGUGCGUAACGUUCACAAACAGGUUGUGUCAACACGGAAUUUGGCAGCGUUGUUAUCACCCGUCCUGACCAAACAGGCUCGUCGAGAAAGGUGACAUCAUGCGUUGGCUCAAGCGCAACAGUUGUAGGUCAUCUACACGCCUCUAUGAUACUUAAACACUAUGAUUUGAUUUUUUUGUUUAAUAAAGAAAUGUUUUUUUUUUUA